AUGCAAAACUACACAAAACUGACAGUGUUCAUCCUGGCAGGUUUGACUGAUGACCCAGAAUUGAAAGUUGUGUUAUUUGUCUUCCUGUUUCUUACCUACUUGCUGAGCGUCACUGGCAAUCUGACCAUCAUCACACUUACCCUGGUAGAUACGGACCUGAAGACCCCCAUGUAUUUUUUCCUUCGGAAUUUCUCCUUCUUAGAAAUUUCCUAUACUACUACAUGCAUCCCUAAAUUGCUGGCUAUUAUGGCAACUGGGGACAAGACCAUUUCCUAUGCCAGUUGUGUUACUCAAGUGUUUUUUGCCUUCCUACUUGGAGCAUCAGAAUUUUACUUGUUGGCAGCUAUGUCCUAUGACCGCUAUGUGGCCAUCUGUAAGCCCCUUCAUUACAUGACCAUCAUGAACAGCAAAAUCUGCAUUCAGCUGGUCCUCAGUUGUUGGCUUGCUGGCUUUUUUGUCAUCUUCCCACCACUCGUCCUAGGUCUAAAUAUUGACUUCUGUGCCUCCAACGUUAUUGAUCAUUUCUACUGUGACACUACACCCCUCAUGCAGAUCUCCUGCACAGACACACGGCUCCUGGAGAUGAUGGGAUUCAUCUCAGCUUUGGUGACACUCUUGGUCACAUUAGUCAUGGUGAUAAUAUCCUACACCUAUAUCGCCCUGACCAUUCUAAGAAUCCCUUCAACUAGUCAGAGGAAAAAGGCUUUUUCCACAUGUUCUUCUCACAUGAUCGUGAUAUCCCUUUCCUAUGGCAGCUGCAUCUUCAUGUAUCUUAAACCUUCAAUCAAACAAAGAAUAUCUUUUUCCAAGGGAAUUGCUGUCCUCAAUACCUCAGUAGCUCCACUUUUGAACCCUUUCAUCUAUACCUUACGGAAUCAACAAGUGAAAAAAGCCUUUUUAAAUUUGAUACACAGGAUUGUGUCUUUUUCAAAGAAAUGA